GGGAUGUGUUCAUAGAUGGUUCUGGUAGAGAUUGUGACAGGGUGUUUCUAUAGGCAUGCCAACCUGGUUCUCUUGGGGUUGGGGUUGAAACGAACUUCUCCCUCAAGGCAGCUGCGAAAAAACCUUGGCCGUUUCUUGUGGCGAUCAUAAAGAUGCUGAACUGCUGCUACUACUGCUCGUUCUGUCAGUCGUGACUACUGUUCUGUCAGAAACAAAAUAUUGCUGUGCUCUCGUCGGGGAAUGAACUUUCGCGGCUCAGGCACACAAUUGGAGACGAUGUCUGAAGAACCAAUCGACUCGACCCAGAGCACCACUAAUCGCAACGACUCGACUCAGGAAUCCCCAAAGAAGGAGACUACACCGGACUCUCCGGUCAAGAACGAAAAGCGUGCCCGGAAAACCCUGCUGAAGAAAGGAAACGCUGCAGAGAAGAUGGCCAAUGCGCAAAGCCCUGCUCAGAAAGAAGCGGCCAAGGAGUCCCAAAUGCACGAGACAUUUCACGACGCUAGCACCGGAUCUCCAAGUGAUGCUCAGAAAGACGAGGCCCUUGCAAAAGAGACUGGACAACAGACUGAUCACACGGCGGUCCGUAGAAGCACCGAUCUGUCUGGUGUUGAGAACGAAAAGUCCGAGACAAAGGAGCCGGCCAAGCAGGACUUGUUCCCUGGCGAUGAACUGAUUCCCGACGCUGUGAUGGUCUAUGACCAGAAGCGCACGAUCCGCGCACCCGCUCGAGACAUUUUUCCGUGGUUAUUGCAAUUGGGCAGGAACCGCGGUGGCUGGUAUCUGCCAAACAGACUGGAAGGUAUUCUGCCAGCUACUUGGAGGCCUUCGAGGACGAUCGAGCCCAAGUGGCAGAAGCUUACACCAGGGGAGCGGAUUGCAGACUAUGGCUUCACUCGAAAUGACUAUUUCGUCGUGGAUAGAGUGAUUGAGCCUCACACGAUUGUGCUCCGAUCUAAGCGACACGGUUCUCAGUUCACCUGGGCGUUCCUUCUACGUGAACUCCACGAGAGUGAUGAAGCCGCAGAGCCUGCUACAGUCGUUCACCUCAGGUUUCGGGGCGAGCUUACGGCGGAAGGUAUCAGGCGUAAAAUCCUCGUCAAAAGCGGCGAACUCUUGGACAAAGCGAGCGCGGCCCCGAUGCUCGCUGGUUUGGCCGAGCGUUGCGAGCAGCCUGGCCAACUCGAAGCAGGUGACUCGGAGGAGAAGGAGAAGCCACCUCGACGAUCUUUCGCAGGCUUGAGCUCACGGUCGAAGCCCGUUCGUCAGGACUCCUCUGAGUCUCCCAAAGAGGAGAGCAAAUCGAAACGACGAUCUUUCGCUGGCCUGAGCCCAUUCAAUCGAAGCACUCCCAAAGGAGAGGCUGCAGCUACCAAAGGCGAGACUGCACCUGCCAAAGAGACAGAGGUGCCCAAAGAGCAGACUGAGCCGGCGCGCGAGACGGUGGCACAAGCAUGAAGCCGCAUUCGAGACGCCAUGGACAAGCCACUGGCGACUCCUUAGCUUGUGGCUGGCUCGUCGUAUGGACCAAAUGCGGCAAUCUCCACGCCUUCCAUGACAUAGAAGGAGAGUGUGUCUAACAGUGCGGCCCAGUAGCCUGGGCUUUCCUCCUUGUUUUGUUCUUCUCCGCCUGCUGCUUUCUGAGCUAUACCCAUCUUCGCAACUUCUUGCACACUUCUAACGGCGUUGGAGUUCUUGAGUUCAAGUGUGAUCAGGCUGCCGCGGUUGCUUGCAUAGCUAAUUGUGCGUUUGUCCGCAGAGAGGAACAUGGGUCGGGCACAUGGUGUUGUUGCGGUGGUGGAACGCAAUGUUUCGAGUAACAUGGGAAAGAUCGGUGUAUCGUCCGUAGAUCUGGCAAAUGAUGUUUCAGUCACGUCUCAGCUUGGAUGCGAGUCUGUCGAGUGUAUCGGAGGUGAUGUUGA